GAGGCUGAUCAAAGAGAUGGAGGCCAAGCAGCAGAGCGAGAAGGCGGAGCUGGAGCGCCUCCAGCAGGAGGUGGAGAGUCAGCGCAAGGAGUCCGAGGAGGUGCAGCAGCGGAUCCUCCGCCAGGAGGAGAGCCUCCACCGCCGCAGCCAGGACAUCGAGAGCCGGCUGCGAGACUUCCUGGCUGAGAAGGAGCGCUUCGAGGAGGAGCGGCGCUCUGAGGUCAGUGAGGUGGAUCUCCAGCGGAGGCGACGGCGGAAGGAGCCGCAGGAGCACGAGGCGGACCGCGCGGAGGAGCAGGACGAGCAGACGGAGAUCUACCGCGAGCUGGAGCGGCUGAAGAGGGAGCGCGAGGAGCAGCGGGUGCGUCUGGAGACGGAGCGGCGGCGGCUGGAGGAGCAGGAGCGCGAGCAGCUGAGUCUGGUGGGGCGGCUGGAGGAGCAGCUGAGGGAGAAACACGAAGCCGCCACCGCCCUGCUGACCCGGGAGGACGCACGCCGCCUGGAGGAGGAGCAGCGGGCGCUGGCAGAGAUCAGAGAAGCCCUCCUCCGCGCCAAAGAGGCCGCCGAGCGGCCGGACGUGGAGGACGCCGGCGAGGAGGCGCGGGCCGCCCAGAGCCGCUACGCCGACUUCAAGGCGGCUCAGGUGAAGGAGCUGGACCUGCUGGAGGAGGGGCUGCGGCAGCAGAGGGAGCGCCUGGAGAAGGAGGUUGCCGCCGAGCGCGGCGCCCUGCUGCUCCUCACCCACGGCCUGAGAGAGCGCCAGCAGCACCUGAAGGAGACGCAGGAGAAGGGAGCGCAGGACGCCACCGCCGUCUGCCACGAGGAGCAGCUCCUCCGACAGGCGGAGCACAGGCUGCAGCUGAAGGAGCGGCAGCUCGCCAACCUCGCCGACGGCCUCCUCCCCGCCCUCGCCGAGGAGAAGCAGAGAGCCUCAGAGCUGCUGGAGCGCAGCGGCGGCGGCGGCAACGGGAACUGUGACCGAUCCCCGGGGCUCGACAACACGCUGUUCCAGGUGGAGAAGGAGCUGGAGGACAAGGAGGAGAAGCUGAGCCUCCACUGGCACAGCGCCCGGCAGCUGCAGCAGCUCCAGGAGACGUACGAGUUCACGGCCAACGUGGCGCGGCAGGAGGAGAAGGUGAGGAGGAAGGAGAAGGAGAUCCUGGAGUCGAAGGAGAAGCAGCAGAGGGAGGCGAUGGAGCAGGCCGUGGCCCGGCUGGAGAGGAGGCACUCCGCCCUGAGGCGCAGCGUCUCCCUCGACCCCGACGCAGAGGAGCAGAGGAGCAAGAGCUCUGUCGCCAGGACGCCGAGGACGGGGGCGGAGCUGGACCAGCAGAGAGUGCAGCGCGAGAUCCAGAAGCUGCGGCAGCGAAUCAGCGAGGGCGACGACACCAGCCGGACGCACUCCAUCAGCGGCGACGAGCGGGCGGGUCACGGCGGCUCGCCCGCCAGUCACAUCCAGGGCCUGAACACGCUGCUGCCGCUGUCCGACGACAGGAUAAACGCCUACAUCGAAGAGGAAGUCCAGCGGCGGCUACGCAAGAUGAACCUCCUGAACGGCAGCAGCAUGGAUCUGUCUCUGUCCACAGAGUCGCUGCGAGUAAGAGGCACCGCACUCUUCAUCAC